ACACAUCUUCCUCUUUUUAAAACAUAUCCCAAUUCUCCUUAACCCUAAACCCUUGUUCCCAACCCACACGACAACUAUAGCUGAAAAAACAAAAAUUCACUACUGAUUUUCAUGAAAUUCCACAAAUCAUAGCUGAGAAACUUUCAAAGCUUUGUAUUAUUUGCGAUUGUGCUGGUAAUAAUCAUUCGAAAAGCUUGGGACGGAUUAUUUUUUUUCUUUGAUUGAGGUACUUUCUUUAUGGCUAGUAAUAAUGCAUACCAAUUGGAUCCCGGUCCACUUGACCCGUCUGUAUUAAUUGAACAACUCACCCAUAGGUCACGAGUUAUAUGGGAUGGCAAAGACAAUAUGGUUCUGAAUACAAGGAGGUGUGAUGGAAAGUUAUGGGACCUCGUAAAGAAAAAUCCCAUCAAGCCACGAGUUUUAGAAGUGAUUAAACUAUCUGGAUUGUACAGUGUUUAUAGAUCUCAGCGGCCUAUUGUUGACCAUAGUUUGAUUACUUCACUGGUGGAGAGAUAGCGUCCCGAAACUCAUACGUUCCACUUUAGGAUGGGUGAGGCGACGAUCACCUUCCAGGAUGUAGAGGUGUUGUAUGGUUUACCUGUGAAUAGUAAUCCAGUACUUGGGAUUGAGCAGACAAGGGACAACGCGCAUUCGCAAAGUAUUUGUGCAAUAUUAUUAGGUUUUACUCCAGUUCCUGGAGACAUCAAAUAUAGUUGCCUCAAGGUAUCUGCGCUUAAUACACAUAUGCAACGUCAGCUAAAGUUGCCGGACAUGAAAACACAGGAUAUAGUCAAUCAGAUAGCUAGAUGUUGUAUGUUUUUGUUGAUUGCUGGUACGUUGAUGGCAGAUACAUCUGUUAGUUACUUGAAGCUUAUGUACUUGCCUAUGCUCAAGGACGUUAAUGCGAUUGGGUCUUAUCGUUGUCUUUGUAAAGCCUCACAGGGUAACCAACAUGAGAUAGCAAGAUUCCUACCACUACUACAGGUUUGGGUAUGGGAGAGAGUUACAGUCCUCAGGCCCCAGAUAGUAGCACAAAGGGAUACGCAAAAUAUUUUCCUGCUGGUUUACCUAGGGGUCCACAUGCUACUAGAUGGUUUGCACGUUUUAGUUGGACCGGCACUACCAGGAAUGUGUUGAAAGUUUUUAGGGACAUACUUGAUUCUUUGACGGGGGAUCAAGUACAAUGUGAUAUUAGUUUGAUUUUAAUUUCAUUUAAAUUAUGAAGACUUAUUUGAUUUGUUUUUCAUGUAGUUUAUCUGGGAACUAUAUUCUGAUGAAUUAAUUGAGAGCCUUCCCGAUUGUUGUCGUGUUGGACGAGACAUAUGGCAUGCUACAGUCACAAUCGUUUGUUGGGAUAUGGUCGAGGUUCACUUGCCUGAUCGAGUUAUGAGGUAAUUUGGGUUGAUACAGGAGAUACCAACUCCGUUUCCAUUUGAUUCCACACAUUUUCACCACGAUCGUCGCGGAAGGCCAAAUACAAAUUGAGAGUUGGAGCAUGCACAAUGGUUGCCUUUUUGGAACGAAUGGCGUCAACGUGUUUUUAAAGCACCAGUGAAUCAUGAACCACUUCGGUACGAUGACCCCUACCUUAUUUGGUUCAAACACAUUACUCGACUUGUUAUUGGUAAUCCUAAUCCACGUCCUCAGCGACAAGAAGGUUAUGUUCCUAAUUCAACGACAUAUGAAGCAAUGGUGUUACACCUCGGAAAUUUUCCCGUGAACGUACAGUGAAAAGUUGCAGGUUUGCACUUUGACCCAGUUGGUCGUAAAGUGGAAUACGGUCCGUAAAGUGAUUUACGGACCGUAAACUGCUAUCGUCCUCCAACCUUUCAAAAAUUUCAACUUUCUGUCAAAUGUCUAAAUGGUUAAAUACGACCCAGAAUAUGGACCGUAAAUCGAAAUACGGCCCGUAAACUGUGACCGUAAACCACCACGACUCUAGCAAACCUUUCUGGUUCUGUUAUGUUUAAAUACGGUCGCGAAGGACGGACCGUAUGUCAUAUCCCGUAAUUUCGAACAUUCGGAAAAUUCGAAAUAAUUUGUGGCUUGUAAGAAAUGAGGCCAUAUUUUGGUUCUAGCCAAUAUGCAUAUGUUACUCAGGAAAAUGUUAAUGUGGAAAUACGAGAGGAGGCCAUGGGCAAAAUUGGAAUUUUGGAAAACUUGCCUCAUGAAAUACAUAAUCUAGCCAAUUGGGCUAAAAAAAAAUAAGAAAGUGAGGCCCAAAUUCAAGAGGCCCAACCGGCCAUAUAGUGCCCAAGCCCAUGGAAUUAACUAAUUCCCAUGUGACAAAAUUAUUAUAUAAGUUGUCUUGAUCCUAUAGAAGCUUCAAGAAAAAUCAAGAAAAACAAAGCAAGAAAAAAAAAGGAAGAGGUUUCGGGUAAGAGAAAGAGAGAAGAGAAAAAAAAAAAGAAAAAUUCUUGGAGCCAAUUCCUUUGGUUCAAAAAUUGAUUUCUUGUGGGGUUAUUACCAAGCUCAAGAUUCUCUACAACUUGGUAUAAUUAUUUUGGCCAAAAGGUGACUUUGGUGGCUAGUGAAGAACUUGAGGAAAAGGUAUGAAUUAAUUCAUUUUCUUAUGUUAUGAAGUUUGGUUUAUGUUGUAAUAUGUAGAAUUGAGUAGAGUGUAUGAAAAUAUGGAAGUUUGUAAAGUGGGUAUGUUGUUUGGAAGUUGGCCGUGUGUAUGCAUAUGUUGCAUGUAUAUAAUGACUUGAAUUCAUGUUGGAAUCUAGUUGUGAUUAUGGUAGAAAUUGUAUUGGAAGUGAAAGUUGAAUGAAUUAGUGGAAGUUGGAAAAAAUAGGUUAUGGCCGUGUGAUGCUAUGGUGAUGAUGGAAUGUGAAUUAAAUUCCGUUAGUAUGUUAAUUGUGUUAUUGUGAAACGAAUGGAAGAAAAAUGGCUCUUGUUGGUAUGGAAAAAUGGUUGUUAAGUUGUUGUAGGAAAACAUGCAAGUUUAUUGUAAUUAUGUAAAUGUGGAAAUGAAAGUAGGAAGAUGCAAAUUAUGAUUAUCAUUGAUGAAGUUGGAAGAUAGAAAUAUGUCAUGAACAUGUUUGCUAAAAGAUUGGAAGUUGUGGGCGAAUUAUGCCCUUGGUAGGAAACUUGUAUAUUGUGCAUACUUUAUGUAUAUUUGGUGAAAACGAUAGGAUAUGCCUUUGAAUCAUGUUGUAGUGAUCUUGAUGAGUGAUGAAUAUGAAAAUAAUAAGUUUGGUUUGGAAGUGUAAGGUCGGAAUGAAAGAUGUUACGUUAUGACGGAAAGAUGGCAAAUUGUGCCAUACUAUGUGUUUUGAAAUACUUGUUGUCAUUAUGGAUAUUGUUGUUGGGUUGCGUUGAUUGUUUGGAUGUGUUUAACUUUUGGGGAUGUUAUAUGUAUAAAGGAAAUGCUGCCGAAAUUUCGGUAGGCAAAUAUGUAAUGAAUUUGGAGUCUUAAGUCUUGAAUUUGACAAUUGGUAAACAUGACCAUUUGUAGAUUCUGGACGAGAUUGGAAUCGAAGCCAAGCGAGCGUAAGGCGCAAUCGAGGUAUGUAAAGCCUACCCCUUCCUUCUUAGGCAUGUUCUGAACAUGAUAGGCUCGGCCGCGAGCCUUAAAUACGACUCCGUUCCUCGGAAUUCAAGAUGGAAAUCCGCUCCAAUUCCUUCAGCGAGAUUGAAUCACUUUUCUUACAACUUGUCCCUAAGGUGAACUUUUGUCCCUAAGGUGAAUACUUCCAAAUGAUUAUAGAUGACCUCAUAAGGUCUUUUAUCAGUACUUUACGUAUGUCACCUCGAGUUGGUCCGAGGUGGGCCCACAGAGCCCCGAUACCUCUUGUAUGGCCUAAAUUGCCUUAUUUCUGUCCGUUUUUCACAGGAAAUAUCGGAACUAUCAUUUUGACCAUGAUAUGACUGUUUUUAUAUAAAUCUUGCAAAACGGUUUUGACAUCUGAAAAUCUGAUUCUGGUUAUAAUCGGUCAUGCCUUCCCAAGUAGGAUAUAGACGCGUAUUAUGAACGCUAUCCGAAUACUCUGAUUUGACUUGCCAUUCGGCCUACUUCAAUUUGAUUGAGUCGGUAUAACGAUCCGUAUGUAUGUGGUUUCUCAUUAAUCUGUCCGUGGAUGUCUCAAAGCUUCCUUUCACCGGAUCCCGGGCCGGUUUAUAUCGUGCGGAUGGACCGCCGAGUCCCUUUUUCGGGGGCCGGGUCCCAUGUAUGAAUCCCGAAGUAUGAUGUGUCCGGUUCCGGGGUACUGUGGUAUAUGUUCAUCCCCGGUUACCGUGUAUAUGAAUUACGAAGUAUGAUGUGUCCGGUUUUCCGGCGUGUGAUCUGUCCCCGGGGUUACCGUGGUUAUGAUAUGAUGUGUUAUGUGAUGGAGAUAUUCGAAGAUAUGAAAUCAUCUGAAAUACGAUGUGCUGUGGCGCCAAAGGCAGGAGUGGCAACCACGUUUCUGUACCCUAUGUAUGAUUCUGUCUGUCCGUAUGGAUUCUGAUCCUGUCUGUCUGUAUGACUUAUGAUUCUGGUUGUCCGUUCGGAUUAUGAUUCUGUCCGGUAUACUUCCGUCUGUCUGUCUGAAUUAUGACUCUGUCCGGUAUACCUCUGUCUGUCUGUUGGAUUAUGAUUCCGUUCGCUAUAUUUCUGUACUUCUGAUUCAGACUAUGAUUAUGUUGUUAUAUUUUCGCUUUACAUACUCGGUACAUUUUUCGUACUGACCCCCGGUUCUUCGGGGGCUGCGUUACAUGCCCGCAGGUACAGACGCACCUGAAGAUACGCCGCCAGUCUAGGGCUCAGAUUCUGCUAUUUUGAAGAGCUCCUUUGGUCCGGAGCGUGUACUUUUGGUAUAUAUCUUCUGUCUUCUGUAUAUUCGGUAUGUAUGGAAACUCCGGGUACGGCGGGGCCCUGUCCCGUCAUAUGACUCUGUCGGUCUGUUUAGAGGUCUGUGGACAUGUUUGUGGGUUAGGGUCUUUCUGUACGGAUGUGUGUAUAUGUUGUGUUUGGGGCGACCCCAUUCGCCGCGGCGGCCGGUCCGCAUAUGUUUAUAUAUUGCUUUGCUGGCCGGUGUGGCCUUUGUUGGUA